AUACACAGUAGGACGGUAACUUUAAUAAAAGUCAAGAAAUAACAAAACAGUAUUCAAGAAUUCAUUAUAUAAACACAAGGCGUGUGGUCUCGAGAAGCUGCUUAUAUAUAGACCGGUAGGUUCGUAGGAACUCUUCUCCUCACAAUCUUGCUUUCUUGAUUUUGUUUCAAUCAGAUUUAUUUGAAGUUCUCUGUUUCAAGAUUAAUUCUUAGGCAAGAGCAGAUCAAAUGGCGAAUCUAAUAUCGUUUCAUGACGUAGCUAAACAUAAGUGCAAGAACGAUUGUUGGAUUCUCAUCCAUGGAAAGGUCUAUGACAUCAGUACCUUCAUGGACGAACAUCCUGGCGGUGAUAAUGUUCUCCUCGCCGUCACCGGCAAAGACGCGUCGACCGACUUCGAUGAUGUGAACCAUAGCAAGGAUGCGAAAGAGCAAAUGAAAAAGUACUGUAUCGGUGACAUUGACCAGUCAACGGUUCCAGUGACGAAGAAGUAUACUCCGCCGUGGGAGAAGGAGUCUACGACGGCGGAAAUAACUAAAGAAGAACCUGCAAACAAGCUGUUCGUUUACUUGAUUCCUCUCUUGAUUCUUUGUGUUGCCUUCGCUCUCAGAUUCUACAACAACAAGUAAUCCAAAGAAAAACCAAGAAUUAUGAUGAAAAGAUCGAUCAUAGAGUUUUCUUAUUACUGUUCUUGGUGUUUGUGUGUUCGUAAUAACGGGCUUCUUGUACGAACAUUUGGCCCAUGAUUCAGGAUUUGAUUUUAUUAUUGUCUAUUUUAUGCUAAUGGGCCGUAGCAAUAGGCCCUUGUUGAUAUAUGCCAAUAUCUUCUUAUACCAUGAGGUUUUGUUAUUACUGUCA